CGGCGGCUACAGCCGGCGGCCAUUUUGGAUGGGGUCGUGCGUGAGGGCAGCGGAGCCGUUAGAAACCGUUGGAGGAGGUGCCCACUUCACCCCACACAUGGCAAAGGCACGCAAAGAUGGGCAGCGUGUGAAUAGUUUGCAGCUGUUUUGUUAGUAGCAGCAGGAGUUUUCAGUUCCUCAUUCCCACUGUGUUCCAAAUUCCCUCGCCACAGGAAGCUGCUUCUUUGCUAAGGACCAGCCUACGCUGACCUACCAUGGCAUCCAACAAAUUCGUCAUUAAGUGUGGGAACUUUGCUGUUUUGGUGGAUGUUCAUAUUUUGCCUCAAGGCUCCAGUAAAGACACCAGCUGGUUUUCAGAUCAUGCGAAAGAGAACGUCUGCAUGCUGCUAGAGGAAGUGGUUGCUUCAAGGGUCAAACAGUACUUGGAGGCACCUAAACAACGUGGUCAGUGGAAGUCAAUGGAACAUGCACCAUCUGGUCCUCUGUUUCUUACUGCCAACAGUUUGCACAUUACUGCCUACUUUAUGAAGAGAUGGGUUAAUCUCCGUUGUGCUGUAGGGAAACGUUAUCGUGACCUACGUGUGUUUCCAGACAGAUUUAUCGUGUGUGUCAGUAAACUUGACUUUAAUCCAAGUGAUUGGACAUGUGACAGUGGUGUAUUGAAAGAAGAACUUUCCAAUGGGACGUCUGAAUAUUUUACUGAAUCUGCUGAGAACAAGAAGCUGGAGAUUAGUCUGAACGAACAAAUAAAGCAAGACAUCUUGAAAGAAAUUGUGAAAAGGACAAAACUAAAGAAAAGUAGCACAAGCAAACCUCAAAUCAGCGAGGACUCCAAGAAAGUGUCCCUUGGCUCAGUGGACUCACAGACAGGGAACAGGAAGAAUGACCAUCGAACUUCUCUCAGCCCUCAAUCUGAAGUGAUGCGUAGGAGUCCAGGACUGCUAAAGGACUGCACAAAUAUAGUUGAGAGCAACUUGGAACUUCCUGUUCUAGAGCUGGAAAAUUAUGUUAAUCAGAGACAGCCAGAUUGUGUUAGCAGCCAGCAAAAACCUCACUCUGUGGAGUGGUUGAAGGCGACUCUUUGGAGUGAGAACCCUCCUUGUAGCUCUGAGACAGCCGUGCUAGCUCCAAAGCGAAGUCAAGAAGUGACCAAAACACAGGCUCAACAGAAGAGCUGUGCUCCAGAAGAAAAGUUAGAGCAUUUCAAAAAAGUGUCCUCUGAAGGGACUCCUUUCAUUCCUAGCAAUACAGAAAUGAGUAAAUAUGAUGAUGGUUGUUUAGGUCCAUUCCUGGAGGAGAAGGCCCCACUUAAUUCUGGGUUGUUUUCUAAACAAGACAUGACAAAGGCUGCAUCUGAUGAGGAGUCACUAACUUUGAGAAGAAACCUCUCCCAGCCUCUUUCUGUGAAGAACAAUAUAGCACAGACAAGGCAAAAUGAGCCAAGCCCAACCACUGAAGAUGGGAUGCCACCACCAAGUAUAGAGCUGCAGCCUGUGUCUUCAGGGAAGCUUAGCCAGAAAAGAAAAAAAGAAGUUGAAAAUGGUCUCAGGAAGUUAAAACUUCGAAGGCUUAAAAAGUCAAAGUCUGAAAUACUACCUUGACAACGCGGGUGGACAGCCAAACUUGUGUUUGGAAAGGAUAUGCAAAAAGUAGGAAGCAAUUCAAAACAAUGAAAAAUAACCAAAAUCCAAAGUAAAACCAAGAUAAAACUUUUAAAGAAAAAUUAUUUGAAGUAUCUUAGUCAUAACUGUAAUGAAGAUAAUUCUUUAGGGCUUAGACAUUAAUAUUGUACAAACCAGGGUAGUAUUUAUAGAAAGAAAAAUCUCUUAUAAUAUUUACUAAGCAAAAUUUUAGAUCUCCGUAUGUUUCAGUGCUAUUAAAAAGUCGUAUCAGCUGAUGACAGCCAAAGUUAAACCCACUUUUGUGAUCUGUUAGCAGCUGCAGUGGUUCAGUGUUUUGCUUCUUUCAGAACACUGUUUUAGUAAAAACUAAUUCUUCCUUUCUCUC